AUGCGACCACAGCGGCGUUACUUCGGAGUCCAGCUCAGCUUCCACGGGGUGCGGCGCCUGUCGGUUAGCAAGGAGGACAUUUUUGCGAGUAUUCGCGAGCAGCUCGUGAAAGCCUUCGGCGAGAUGGAGCUCGUGAAAUCGCAGCUACGAGUCCUGCACCUCACGCCCGUGGCAAGAACAAGUCCAUCGAUAACCAGUACUACCGGAACAAGCAGCCUUUUCGCAGACGGAAACAAAGCAGUGCUAGUUUUCUGUGUUUGCGCGCGGCAAAGUUUCGAGAGAGUCAGCUUUGCCGUGGCGCUGUUGCGCGGAAUCACCGUCCUUGCCGGCGGAGGUUCGUCCUCGAGCAAAAGUAAGGAGCUUGACCCAGCCGAUGACGACGACUUUCCUGGAGGCGGAGAGCUCGGCGACGCCACCAUCAGUUUACUGGAGGAAGAUGAACGGCAGACCAAAGCGCUAUCCACCGCCGCAUUUUUUCCCGCGAUGCCGCAAGUACGAUUUGUGUGCGGUGCACUGGAAAAAGCACAGACGAACUACAGGAAAGUGUACGAGGCGGAACUUGGUGUUGCCGACGUUGUGGGAAUCGAAGCGAAGAAGAAAGUAGUGGAGGAUGUGGCCAGCUGGAAUGAUGCCAUGAAGCGCGAAGUUGAGCAGCUCGUCGCGAGAGUAGCAUGAUCGAAAGCGAAUAUGAAAUUAAGACUUAGACUUACAAUAGCAAAGAAAAAGAAGUAUAUUAUUUACGGUGUUUCAGAUGAAAUAGCGACUCAGAAGUAUCCACCAAUCUAUUUCAAUCCAGAUUCGAAAUAUGAAAGUUUCCACCUCACGGUUGCGACAACAAUUCGUACGUGUAUCUGUAACUGUAAGUAGCGUACAACAUUCAUCACCAUCAGGAUCAGAGCGACUAGUUUUAUUUCGAGCAGGGUGCGACUGACCGCAACGACAGAAGAUUUUCGCCAAUGAGGAAUGUAGAAGGACAUUCCAAAGAA